GAUUCGAUGCCGAAAUGACACUCUCAGUGCUCAUAGCGUUCUUCGACCCCACCAGACUCAUAGUGCUCUGCGUCCGAUUAUGCGGCACGCCUCCACCUCCAGCACCGACGCUCCCAGCCCCUCUCAAACUUUCGAUCGACGACGUGACCCCACCGCCACCACCACCACCACCACCAUUGAUGCUGCUACUGCUAGCAAAGAACUUUUUCAUCCGACUCCUAUCCGUAGACCCCUUGCGUGCAUUCCCCAAACUAGCACGUUCAUCCAAACUCCCAUCCCUCUCUUUCUCCCUCUCACGACUCCUCAAAAGAGAAGACCGAACACCACUACCACUACCACCACCACCACCAAUACUGGAACCACCAACGAUCGCCUUUUGCGAACCCGAUUCGGCCGAAGACCUCGAUACCAUCGUUGACCCUCCCACAUCACUAAUGACACCACCACCACCCAACUGAGGAUUUUUGAACGACGAAGGAGACAAUUGCAUUGAAGGAGACACAGAAGCAGAAGACGAAUGAGAAUGUUUGUUGCCACUCGAUCGUUGAAUACGUGCUUGAAUG